GCGCCAUCGUUUUACAUGAGCUUGAUGAGCUCGAACUCAGCUAGCCGUCUCUGCUUCUCUUCUCCCCCUUCCUUUUCUAUUGCUCGCCCCGCAGGAGCCCUCUCCCUCGCUCCCUUGGCACUUCGCACGUGCCCGCGGAGGCGGAGCUGCCGCUCAGCUAAAUUAAACCAUUUGCCCGUGCAGUGCUCCCGCAACCACCGUGAGUUGGAGGCCGGGGAGGGAUUGGAUUUGGAGGGGCGGCAGCCUCCUCCUGCGACUGGGGACCAGGGAGACGGCGAGAGCAAGGAGAAGAAGCUUCUCAGGAAGGGGAAAGGUGAGGUGACGUCUCUAACAAUUGACAGCGCCCAAAAUACCUGUGCUGCGAGUGAUGUCCUGGGGCCUGUCGGCUCAUGGCAAAUUCGGACGCCAGAGGGGUUCGCCGUGUGAAAUGUCCGAGGUGCAACAGCGUUCUUGAGGAACCCAAUGCCCCAGUCUACCAAUGCGGUGGAUGCGGCGCUAGUCUUCGAGCGAAAAACCGCUCCAGCGACACGCAAGACGUGGCCAGUGCUUCCCCUUCAAGGAGUGGACUGCCUCAUCAGAGCGGACACUUGGGCUCCAGCGAUGUCGCAAGCACCAGCAGGUCCAGCACCCCCACUCCUGAUGCCACAAGUAGCAGGCGCCAAGCCACCGACACGACAGGCCGACACGAGUCCGGUGAUCUCGUGUCGGCGAGGAACCAUGGUUCCGGUGAUGUUGCAAGCACCAGCAGCACUCCUGAUGCCACAAGUAGCAGGCGCCAAAGCACUGGCGCGCCAAGCCGACGUGAAACCGGUGAUCUCUUGUCUGCGAGGAAUCGUGUUUCUGAGCCAGUGGAAGCGAUCGAGAAGAGGGGACAUGAUCAGAGCGCUAAUCAGGGAGUCUAUGACAACUCUGAAGCUCACAGGCAAAGAAACACAGGAGAUGCAGAGCGCAGUGUUACUUCUCCCAGCGUUAUUGUCCCCUUCCCCGGAGGAAGCAAAGAUGCUAUUUCUGAAUUGCAGGAUGAUACAGAGACGAGGAGAAAAGGCCAGGCUGAAUUGCCUGAUGCUGCAAGAAAGAAACAUUCAGGUGAAGCAGCGCAACCGCGGCCCCGUGAUCGCGAAGAACUUGCACCGAAAUCAGCUCAAGCCGCAGCUGCGCAACCGGAACCUGCACGAGAUGUUGUUGUGUCGCGACAGGAAGAUGCUGCUGCUGCUGCUGCCGGGGGGAAGGCGCCGAGCCCUCCUUGCCAUGAGUUCCAGCCAGAAAACUUGGCGCCCCUGCGGCAGAAGAUUCUGAAGACGGUGGAUGAGCUGAAAGGUGACCUCUCUGAGCUCUUCAGGAAAUCUCCAGAGGUCAAUCCAACGACGCGCGCGCGCCCUCCUCGUCUUCCCAAGCAAGAAGGCUACGUGUCUCGCGCGGCCAUGGCCGCAAGCCUCCCUGCCAGAGCUCGUCAUGCUGCUGCUGCCGCCGUCAACCACCCCCGCAGCGCAGCUCGUGCAGUCAAGCCCGGUCAGGUCGCUGUUGCUCCUCCCCGUGGUCUGCCGUCGCGACGCUACCGCCGGUGCAGAGCCGAUCCAUGCUGCGACAAUGUGCAGCCAACAUCGUGCCAUCACGGUUGCUGCCGCCACCACGGCAAGCCGGAGUGCAGCAGCUGCCGUGGGCACUGCUGCAGGCCCAGAGCACAAGAGCCACCUGCGCUGCGGAAGCCACCGGCAGCCAAGGAGGCCAAGCGGCGGCUGCCACCCCGCCACCACUGCCGGCCAGUCCUAAAGGGCGCGCCGUUCAUCAUCUGCUCCAGCUGCUUCAAGCUGGUCCAGGUGCCCGCCGACUUCGCCGUCUCGACCAAGACGGUGCGGAAGCUGCGGUGCGGCUCCUGCUCUGCCGUCCUCUCCUACUCGUACAGGGAUCCCGGCAGGAAGAAGCCUUAUGAGGAAUCCAUUGAUCAGUUCAGCACAGAUGGUUCCGAGGUACACGGCGGCAAAGGCUACGCACAGCCGGACCCGUUCUCGCCGUUCGCCGAUGUCUUCGGGCUGAGCAGCUACUCGACGGAGGACGAGCAGCCGCUGCACGUCUCAAGAAACACAUCAUUCGACACCGUCGACGCGACGAACAGAGUGGGCAGGCUGCACCGGCUGAUGGGGUACGGGUCCGCGAGCGAGCUGCUCCGGCAUUCCCCUGACCUGUACGAGAGCUUUAGCGAGCGGGCGACGCCUGACGCAGGACAGUAUGACAGGAAAGGGAAAUGUGUCUGUGUGGAUGCUGACGUCGACAUCGAUGACGACUCGGACGAGGAAGACAGUUGUGCGCUGAAGAGAUCGGCGGUGAGAGGGUCUGGUUGGCCACUACCAGGAAUGCUCGGCGAGGGGAUUCCUGCACCGGGAGGCAUCAGGAUCAAGUCCUAGCUGCGAAGACUCGUAUAUAUUGCAGAGAUAUAUAGAUAGAUUCAGGUGUUGGAGUUCUAAUAGUAUUUUCAGUCGUUAGAAUCCUUAUAGGUAUAGUGAAUUACCAUUCAUUUAGGUGCGAUAUUGGAUUGAUUGUCAGUUUUCCAUCCAUUUUUUAUAAUGUGAUGCUGUAUAACGAAAUGUAAAUAUUCAGCAUUGUGAAUCUCAGAAAGGCGGGCAUGCAGUCCCUGUUUGGGAUCAAGGAAACCGAAAAUGGGUGAUUGAAUUGAAGUGCCAAGGUGAAAUAGUAGUGUUUUCCACCAACUAGGAUACACUUAAGUCAUGAUCCAUUGCAAGAAGAUGGCAAAGCGUAUGUCGAGGAUAAUGGGGAGUUGACUAGGCUUUUGAAGAUGAGUUUUUUUUCGUCCUUGUAAUAAAGGUACCAAAUUAUAACAUUGGAGGUACCAAUUUUCAACACCUCCUAAGUUAUAUACAAUUAGUGGUGCCUUAUGUUGUAAUACUUGGACUUAUUAGUGUUUAUGAUUUUGACU